AUGUUGCUAUACAUUCUCUCCACUAAUUAUCGUCUUCCUUGCUGUACAUUCUCUCUACUAUCCCAUUUUUCUUGUAAUACCAUCUCUCCACUAUGGCAUGUCACUUGUAAUCCACUCUUUCUACUAUCUCAUGUUCCUUGCUACACCUUCUAUCUACUAUCUCAUGUUACUUGCUAUACAUUCUCUCCACUAAUUAUCGUGUUCCUUGCUGUACAUGCUCUUCACUAUAUCAUGUUCCUUGCUAUCCCCUCUUUCUACUAUCUCAUGUUCCCUCUCUCUACUGUCACAUGUUCCUUGCGAUUCCCUCUCUCUACUGUCACAUGUUCCUAUACAUACUCUCCACUAUAUCAUGAUCCUUGCUAUACCUUCUCUUUACUAUCUCGUGUUCCUUGCAAUACCCCUCUCUCUACUAUCUCGUGUUACUUGUAA